UUACCUCUUCUUCGUCUUCUUCUUCUUCAAAUCAUUCCCUCUCUGCAACCAAGGAAUUAGGGUUCUCAAAUAAUUCUCUCAUUUCAAUUUGAAUCAAAAUCUCAUUAUCCUCAUUGAUUCAAAUUAUAUCACAAUUAAUUCAAACAUAUAAACUAACAAUGUGCCGUUUAAGCAAUAUAUUAAUGAGUCUCCUUAACAGCUGCACGUUAAUCGUCAGCCUAAUCGCCAUUCUCGCCGCCGUCCAAGUCCGUAAUCACGGUGGCUCCGCUUGCCAGAAGUUUCUUCAGGAUCCUAUUCUCACCGUCGGAAUCUUCUUCUUCGUCGUUUCCUUGCUCGGCCUGAUUGGAUCUUGCUGCCGUCUCAAUUCCAUCCUAUAUCUCUACCUGAUUGUGAUGUUUUUUAUGAUUCUUGGGUUAAUGGCGUUUACGAUUUUCUCCUUAUUGGUGACCAACAAAGGAAUUGGACAGGCCGUUUCUGGAAGGGGGUAUAAGGAAUAUCGCCUUGGAGAUUACUCGCAUUGGCUUCAGAAUUACGUCGUUAGUCAUGAUAAUUGGCGUCGCAUUCGUAGUUGUUUGGUUGAUUCGCCGAUUUGCCGGAGCCUUGCUGCUAAUUUUCAUGGAGAACAGGCGGAUUUCUUUAAGGAGAAUCUCUCCCCAAUACAGGUUCCUUCGCAUUUGGAUUUUGUUUAUAUAAAGAAUUGCAUAAUUGUUUUGCAGUCUGGAUGUUGCAAGCCGCCGUCGUACUGCGGGUUCGAAUUCAAUAACGCCACAUUCUGGACACCUCCGAAAGCAGGGCCGGCAGUGGCGGACAGCGACUGCACCACCUGGAGCAACAUACAGAACGCUCUAUGCUACGAUUGCAAGUCCUGCAAGGGUGGAAUUCUGGCUAACAUCCGCAAGGAAUGGAGACGUUUCGCCAUUUUCAACUCUUGUGUUCUUGCAGUCAUCACCAUAAUCUAUUGCAUCGGCUGCUGCGCCACAAAAAGCAACCAUAAACGUAACAGAUACUAUGGUUAUCCUUAACUCUUUCUCCAUCCUUUGCUUCCACGCUUCAACCUGCUCCAAAUGACUUUUUAAUGCUUAAAAACAGUGUCAUUCAACACGGAUACGUCGUUAUGAAAUCGCAAAUGCCUUAGUGAUAGUGUUAUGUAUUAGAUCUUUUGUAUGAUAAUGGUUUGGGUUUGGAUUUGUUAAGUUCCCAUGUCAAGGUGAUGU